AUGGUCGAUGAUGCAACUGGUGAUAAUGUGUCAUGUCUGCCACAAAUACUUGCCUCACAAGACGGGAAUGGAGCCUUGGAGCUUGAGCUAACAAAUCAUAAGCUCUUCACUUCUCUCGAUAGAACCACUAUUGAAUUGAAGGUAGAGAUGGUAGGCAUACAUGAGAAGAGACUGCGGAAGUGCCUGUCCAAAUUGAAAGGGAUAGAGAAAGUAGAAGUGGAUGCAAAUAGUCAGAAGGUGGUUGUAACAGGGUAUGCACAUCGGAACAAGAUACUUAAAGCAGUGAGAAGAGGCGGUUUGAAAGCUGACUUCUGGUCUGCCCAAAAUGAGCUACUCAGUGCAUAUGCCAGUGCCAGUUACGGAAGCUUGAGAUUCAACAACUUCAGCUUGUUCUAG